AUGUCUUUCUACACCCAGUCUACUGCUUACGUCUACACCUUCGACUCCGCGACCGGCGCCCUCUCCUCCGAGCUCAUGCGCGUCCCCGGCGGACGCUGCGACAAGAUGGACACCGGACGCGUGCUCCGGACGGUCGGGAAGGACACGGAGGGACUCGUCGACGAGGUGCUCCUGCCGCGCGGCGAGUUCGUCUACUUCGUGGAGCGAAAGGCGGCCCAGGGGGCUGUUGUGAGCGAGAGCGAGAAGGAGAAUGAGGGCGCGGCGACGGGGAGGUCGCGCGCGGUGCGGAAGGCGAUGCGGGAGGUGCGCGAAGUUGAGCUGAUGGCGCGGAAGCUGGAGGCGGAGAUGAUGGCGAUGGACGAGGAGCCGGAGUGCGCGAUGAUGGGGAAGCGCGGGGUUGUGGAGGUGGACAGCGCGGAUGAGGAUGAGAGCGACGAUGAGAGCGUGUGGAGCGAUGAUGAUGAGGAAGAGAGCCUUUGGGGUGGGGACGACGACGAGAGCAUGAUGGAGAACGAUGAGGAAGAGAUCGAGGCCGAGGUGGAUUCGGACGAGGAGGACGAGAUGGCAUUGCGGGCGGCAGAGGCGUUUGCGAUGAAGGACGAGGAGGACUGGGAGGUCGCGCUCUUCGGCGGGUACGAGGACGAGGCCGCCCCCAUGGACACCGACGAGACCAAGGUCGAGGACGAGAACAGGACUCCACCCGUGGUCGAUGUGCCGACGACCGCGGAGCAAUGGACGUGCGAGGACGACUGGGAGAUCGUGGACCUACCCCUGGCGCAUAUGGAUCUGGUCCCCUCUGGAUACAACGCUGGCGCGACCCUCACCAGGACUAGAAUGGAGGCCGACCCUAGGACGAUGACGAAGACGAGAGCCGAGGCCGACGUGGACCGCAGAGCCGACACCAGGACCAGCGCCGAUACCAGGACCAGAGCCGACCUCAGGAUUAGUGCCGACCCCGGGAAUAGUGCCGACCUCAGGAGCAGCGCCGACGCAGAGAGGACCAAAGUCAAGACCAGGCCGAUGGUGCCGAUGCGGACGCUGAGGACCGACGGGACCCCCAGGAUGGCGGCCGCGACGAGGACGAAGACGAAGAACGAGCCUGCGCCGAGGAUUACCUCGGUUCAGGUUUCUAGGAUCAAGGCUAUUGCCGGGGACGUACUGAGUGCUUUCAGGGGGAAGAAGCGCAAGGCCGACCGGGACGAGGACGACUCUAACGAAGACGCGACGGGGACUCCAUCGGAUGGACCGGGCGCGCUCGCAGUGACGAAGACGCUCGCUGGGCUCAAGUUCAAGAAUAUGAGGACGUGUCUUUCGAAUCUGGGGCCGACUGGGACAAUUUCUGGCAGGGUUCCGACGGCUAGCGCGGGUUUCCACACGAAGGUGUACGACCGGAAGCUCUCUCCACAGACGAUCGACCCGGACCUGGCAGGACGCAAGCGCAAGAACGAGGACAAGGAGGAAGGCGAACUCUCCGAGGACGAUACACCCCUGGCGAAGCGGGCGAGAACGACGCAGGCCCCGAGGACCUCCAACGAUGGGGCCCCGAAACCCGAACGUGGAGCGCGAGGACGGUGGAACGACAGGCGGCAGUGGGCGCAGAGGAAGAUAUCGACGACGAUGGGUCAGCGCCGGUCGCAGAUGGCUCAGCUCGGGCGGUAA